AGUGAAGAAGACUGACUGCCCAUGUGUUGAUAAUGCUGGUACAGUAAAUUUACUGCAGCGCGGAAUACACAUUUAAUCCCAUAAAUGUACUCGAGUGGUGGGUUUGUGAGAUGACGAUAAUGGAGGGUGUAAGAGUUCUACCGUUGGACACCAUGGACCUGGACACACAGCACUGUCGCAUGGGCCCGUCUCUGAUGACCAGGUUAAAACUACGGUUGGGCUCUCCGGUUCUGAUCAGGGUACAUCAGGGGACAUGUCUCUGCACCGCAUGGCCACGUCAAGACCUCAUAGAGGGUUACCUGCAGUUUAGCACUCAGUGUGCAACACCAGACCUCAGUAAAAUAACAUUUAAUGGAGUCAUGGUUGAUUCAUCACAAAUAAAACCUUUAACCUGCCCCAAACUCACCUGCCUCUGUGUGAAAGUGUUCGUGCAAAGUCUAGAAUAUAAGAGAGAUGUUUCCGAGCGGAGUGUUCAGGAGCUACUGAAUGAACUGCUAAAUGGUCUUUAUGUUCACGAGGGUCAUUUAGUGGAACUUUAUCAUGCUAAAACUGAGAUCAGGUUUGUGCUGGUUGAAAAGGUGAACUCGGGCUCACAUACCGCUGGUCUGGUUACAGGUAAAACUCGUGUGGACAUCAGUGUGGUACAGACUGUUAAACAAUACCAGAGUCAGCCACAGAUGUCAUUGCUCACUUUGGGUGGCAUGGAGGAUGUUUGCGCGUCACUAAAGGAAAUAAUCACAUUCCCUCUGCGUUACCCGCAGGCGCUGGGGCAGCUGGGACUGUCGUGCCCACGGGGGGUGCUGUUGAUCGGACCACCCGGCGUUGGUAAGACCUUGCUGGUGCGCUAUUUGGCUAAAGACGUUGGGGCCACAUUAGUGACCAUAAAUGGGCCUGAAGUGUUGGGUUCAAGACCCGGUGAGAGUGAGGAGAACCUGCGGCGAAUAUUUGGUCAGGCGCGGGAUGCAGCGGAGGAGUGUCCGUGCGUUCUGCUCAUUGAUGAGAUCGAUUCUUUGUGUCCGAGGCGAACAGGGAGCAGCAGUGCACCAGAGAACCGGCUAGUCGCUCAGCUGCUAACACUGAUGGAUGCCAUCGGUAGCGAUGAAGGUUUUGUCAUUAUUGGAGCUACAAACCAACCGGACACUCUUGACCCGGCCCUCAGGAGACCUGGGCGCUUCGACAGAGAGGUGAUCAUGGGUGUUCCUUCGUUGCUGCAGAGGCGCAGUAUUUUGCAGUGUGUAUGUCAAGAAAUGCCGCUCUCCUCUGAUGUAGAUCUGAGCGCUGUUGCUGAAAUGACUUGUGGUUAUGUUGGGGCAGAUCUUAGUGCACUCAGCAGGGAGGCAGCGCUGCAGGCCAUGCAACAUUCACAGGAAGGAGCAGUUGAGUUUGUAGAGAUGCAGCAUUUCACCGGAGCGCUGCGGCAGGUGCAGCCGUCAUGUCUAAGGAGCAGUAUUGGAGCGACUGACUUCAAACCCGUCAACUGGGAGCAGAUCGGUGGACUAGAGGAUGUCAAACUCAAACUCAAACAGAGUAUCGAGUGGCCCAUGAAGUUUCCAGAAGCUUUCAUGCGGUUGGGUAUUUCUCGUCCCAAAGGAGUGCUCUUGUAUGGACCGCCAGGUUGCGCAAAGACCAAGUUGGUGAAAGCAGCCGCCUCUUCGUCGCAUUGCACCUUCCUCUCCCUCAGUGGGGCAGAACUCUUCUCUCCAUACGUGGGAGACUCUGAGAAAACACUAGCACAGUUGUUUGUUCAGGCACGUGCAUGCGCUCCUUCUAUCGUGUUUCUGGAUGAGAUUGACAGUAUGGUGGGUUCUCGAGCAGACAGCGGUUCUUCUCACAGUGUACAGUCGCAGGUUCUGUCUGUUCUGUUGACUGAGCUGGAUGGGGUGGGGUUUCGAACCCUUGAGAGACGGAGUAACAGAAAGGUUGUUCAAUUCGAGGGAGGAAAACAGGAGGAAACCAGACUGCUUCAGAUGGAACUCCAGGAAUUGCGUAACAAGGAUGUUUUGAUUGUGGCUGCCACUAACAGACCGGAUGUUCUGGAUAGUGCAUUGCUCAGACCCGGUCGACUCGACCAAAUUAUAUAUGUACCACCUCCGGAUCUUGAGGGGCGUCUGGCUGUGCUGCGUAUCUGCACUGAGCAUAUUCCUCUUCAUCAGGAUGUGUGUUUACAGGAUCUGGCUACUCGAACGGAUCUCUUCUCUGGAGCUGAUCUAGAAAAUCUGUGCAAAGAGGCUGCUCUUUUAGCCUUGUGUGAAGAUGGUUUCAGUGUUUCCUGUGUGGAGCAGAAGUACUUCCUGAGAGCUCUUCAGAGUUUGACUCCUUCAUUGAGUCCUGAACAACUGAAGCAAAACAUUCAUUCAACUCUCUAUUAAAAAUUAUAUAUUAUUAAAUA